AUGACGUUCUUGAGCACACUUAAGAAGGUGACCUACUACACAAAGAAGACCAACUUCUUGAGGUACUACAUCGGAGGGUUCAUGAUGAAUAUGUCAACAUAUUUUUUCUGGUUGGUUGUGCCGUUGUUACUUCAAGACCGAAAAGCAAACUCUUUUGAAAUAGCACUUUCUUCUGGAAUUACAUUUGGACUCACGGGAAUAGUCUCGCCGUUCAUGGGGCUGAUCGCUGAUAAGACAGACCCUGCCCUAAUGUGCCGCAUCUCGUUCAUUCUGCAAGCAACUUGCAGUUUGACGAUUGGAAUUAUAUACAUCGACACGCAGUCAAUUCUCCCGAUUUACUUUUUGUUAAUUCAACAGUCCGCUGCCCUUGCUUUUUUCUGGUCGCCGUGUGAGUGUUUAAUUACAAACGAAUCGUACAAAGGCGAGGAAAACAAUAAACUUUCGAUCUUUGCGCUUGUGUGGAGUCUUGGUAAAGCAAUUGGGUUUUUGUUGGGUGGCACUUUGAAAGUACAACUUGGAUCCAAUUCGUCGUUGCUCUUGUGUGGUGGUAUGACGCUCUUCGCAUUCGUCGUUUUCCCUCUCUUCCCGAGCAAGAACAACUUGACAGAGCGGCCCAAGAAAGAAAAAGGCAAGACCGAUAAAGUGAAAGAGACAGAGUUGAGUGAACUAGCACAGCGCUCAGAUAUUCCAGAGGAUAGUUCACAAACAGCAAACGAAGAAAAAGUCACAUUCCUUCAAAAAUUGAAACGUAUCAACCACCCCGAACCUCCGAAAUACAUUCUGUUUUACUUCAUCAAUGCGCUCAUUCUCCAUUUCCACGUUUACGGUACGAUCGCGAUCAUUUGCAAUCAAUACAUUCUAUUUGCUGUUGACGAAGGAGUGAUAUUGGAAGGCAUCAGCCCAGACCCUGAAGUGUAUCUCAGUGUUUUCCUUGGGGUGAUCUACUUUUCUCAGACCAUCUGUUUCUUAGUGAUAGGGUACGUGGAAGUGUGGCAAUACAAGAUGUGGAUAAGCAUAGUGAUGUCAUUAAUCCUUGGCGGUGUGUGCAUUGGUAUCAAUUUCAUCAAGGUUGGGUGGAUCUGUUUGAUUUUUGCAGUUCCAACCGGCUUCAUCUCUGGUCUUGAUUUGCAGAUGAAUGUGUUGUACUCGGUAAAGGUUUCUGAGAAGCGUAAAGGUCUUAUGAUGGGGUUGGUCGAGUGUGUAGGUGAGUUGACGUGUUGUUUGUCUCCUGUCAUCGCUGGUGCCAUUUCCACAGCAACGGAUAAUUUAGAUUGGUCGCAAUGGGUUGGAGUGAUUUGGACUGGUAUCGCAGUGACUGGUUGCACAAUCACUUAUGUGCUUGAUUGUUUUGUUAAAGGGAAGGAGAAGAAGAUUGCUGAUGAUGUUCAGAAGAGCGAUGUUGAGAUUGACGUCGACACAAUUAAGAAAGUUCAAGAGGAGAGGCUUAGCGAAUCCAACUCUAGCUGA